AUGUCCUACAUGCUGUGGCGCGUUCUUUGGCUCCGAGCUGCACCCUUGUUCAACCCGCACGCGCUGGUCCUGCUGGCUGCAGUCCUCGCGGCAUCUUGCUUGCACAUGGUGUUUGAACAGCUCAGGCUACCCUUGGAUCCAUGGCGAGUCGCUAUGAAACACCUCUACGGCUCUCUCCAUCCCUUUCAUCCGAAGCAAGCGAUGUGCAUGGACCAUGAGGGCACCCACGUGCAUCUAGCACCGCUGCGCCUGCACGGAACGCGUCGGCUGAAUGGGCCGCUCUGCACGACUCUGAUGCACAUCGGUGGGUGCAUCAUCCUGGUGUUGAUGUGGCUGCCCUUGGGCGCCGGGUACAUGCUUGGGAUCUGCUUCUCGGUUCUUGUUGAGGGACUGAGUGACUUAGUGUCUGUGAGUUACCAUACUCAAAGGAUCAUGGGACCUAGUAACUAG